UGGAGGCGUGUUGGUUUGACAAUGCAGGACAAUACGGAAACUAUUUCAUUCUUGACCAAACAAUGCGGAGCGUGAAACAACAUGGCAACCCGAAGAUCGUGUGCAUUCAAUCAUGCUUGAAAUAUUUCACGGUAAUAUAUCGAGUGGAUGCAAACUAGAUCUAAAUCGAACUUUCCAGCGAAAGGAAUAACUGCAGUUCCGAGAUUGUCCUGAUCUCCCGUUUGUUUUGGUGCUCACGCGGAACUGACCUGAACAACAGUGAACUUUAAACUUCAGAAAGGAGAAAGAUCCGCGUUUGUUCUUGCAAUACAGCUAAUUUGGGAGCGAAUUACGUCGAGCUUGUUUCUUCAGAAAAGCGAAAAUCAUGCCAGCUUCAACGAGGAGACACGUUUCGGUGAAAGGAGAUGAAAACAACUGGAUUGAAACGCAAUCUGCUGUGUUCAAGAACUGGGUAAAUCAAAAUUUAUCUCUACGCGACAUGGAAAUAGCUGAGUUUGAAACAGGGUUUUCUGACGGCAUAAAAUUGAUCAAUCUCUAUGAGGUUGUUUCGAAGAAGCAGAUCGGUCGUUACACCAAGAAACCAAAGCUGCCGACUCAAAUGAUCGAAAAUGUAACACUGGCUUUGAAGGCGAUGGAAAAAGAUGGCAUUAAUCUGCUUAGCAUUGACAGUGAACACAUCGUGAAUGGAAGCCUCAAGCUCAUUCUUGGCUUGAUUUGGCGCAUGAUUCUGCAUUACCAGAUUGGAGUUAUGACGAUCAAGAUUCCGGUCAAGAAGCUGGUUCUCCUUUGGGCACAAAAUGUGAUACCCACACAAGCAAUUACCAACCUCACAAGAGACUGGAACACUGGAAUCGCGCUCUGUGCCUUAAUAGAGUCAGUGAAACCUGGAACGUGUCCCCAGUACCCCAGUCUGCAGCCCCAGGAUAAGGUCGAGAAUUGCGGACUCGGGCUGAAUUUGGCAAAAGAGAAGCUGGGAAUACCUAUGCUAUUGACUGCAGAGCAAAUGGCAGACCCAAGCAUCGACGAACAAAGUAUGAUUGCAUAUCUUUCAUAUUUCAUUCAGGACGACGCGAUUGGGCAAGAGUAUGCGAAGGAGCUUGUCGCAUCAUGGUCACACGAUAUCACGUUCAGUAAUUUCAACACUGAUUGGAACGAUGGCAUCAAAUUGUGCACCCUUGUGGAGAGUAUCAAGCCAGGGACAAUACCAAACUACAAAAACCUGAACCCAGAUAACAGCCUUGAAAAUGCAACGCUUGGAAUGAGUAAAGCCGAAGAAGAAUUUGGUAUAAAGAAAUUGUUUACGCCCGAAGAUCUCAUCAAACCUGAAAUACCCGAGAUAGCUGUAAUGGCCUAUCUGAUGCAAUUCAGAGAUGUUGCCGUUUCUGUUGAAAAGCCGGUGGAAACCACUCGCAUUGUGAGUAUAAUCGAAGAGACUGAGGAAGAACCCAUGGUUAUUUUAGAAAUUGCUAAGGAGGAGACCUCACCUGAUCAAGAAGAUAUCUUCAAAAACUUGGAAGAACAGGUGCAAGUUGAGGAAGUGGUUCAAGUCGAAGAAGUGGCUCAAGUUGAGGAAAUGGUUCAAGUUGAGGAAGUGGUUCGAGUUGAGGCUGCAGCUGAUACUGAAACUGCCCCAGAACCAGACAAAGUUGUGACGGCAGACAUGUUCUCAAUAUCUGGCACUGGCCUAACCGAUCCCCAAAUGGAUGAGAACAAUGAAUUUUAUAUCCGAUGUGAAGAGGACUUUGAUGACAAUGAUCUUCAAGUUAUCGUAACUGGGCCAGGUCUGAAUGCGGGGGAAGAGGACAGAAUCAUGCCAUUGAAUAAGGAACAAAUGAACAGUCGACUUGUUGUCUGCAAAUAUCCUUUAGACACCCCUGGCUUGUACACAAUCGACCUGACAUACAAGGGAGAGCAUCUCGAUCGUAGCCCGAUCAGCAUAAAGAUCGUGCAAGAUUUGACAAGAGUAACUGUUUCUGGCUCCGGACUUGGCGAAGUGUUUAUCAAUGAACCGGCUGAGAUAAAGCUUGAAACUGGGCUUGACAGUGCUCAACUCCAUGCGUAUACUGUUUCUCCCACAAUGGAAGAGUCUCCUGCCACUGUAAUUAGUCAAGGAGAAGGCAUAUAUAUGAUAAGAUACACACCCAAAGCAACAGGACUUCAUGGACUUUUCAUCAAUAUUAAUGGCGAAAAUCUACCUGGUUGUCCUUACGUGGCAAAAGUUGUCGACGCUGGCAGUGUCGUUGUCAGUUCUUCUCAACAAAAGGAUGGGAAAGAGAUUUGUGUCGCUCCGAAUGAACCAGUGCUUAUGACGAUAGACGUGUCUCGUUCCGGACCAGGAACAAUCACAGCAACAACGUCCGGACCUCAUUAUUCAGACACCCCAACUACAAUUAUACAGAAUGACGAUGGCUCUGUUAGCAUAACUUUCGAACCCCCUACAGUUGGCGUGUAUCAUACGGACAUCUUGUGGAACGGCCGGAAAGUCUAUGGUUGCCCGUUCACUGUGCUCGUUAAUGACCCUGGUAAAUGCGUGGCUCAUGGAGAAGGAUUGUAUCAGGCACGACUCAACGAAGCCGCAUGCUUUGAAGUCACCACGAUCGGUGCAGGACCAGGUAAAGUCCACGGGUACGCCCAAUGCGGAAACGAGACCAUCCCCAUUGAACUAGACAAAUUAGAUGAGAAUAGCUAUUGCGGGCAGUAUUAUCCAGAUACCCUUGAACCAUUGGAUGUUUACCUUGAUUUCAACGGAGUUCCAGUACGAGGCAGUCCCUUCACAGUCAAGGUUGGAAAUCCCAAAAAAUGUCGUUUCCACACUGUUGAUAUCAAGCCGAUUAAAGUAGCUUCAGAGUACUCAUUGAGCAUAGACUUUGACGAAGAAGCAGGGCAUGGGGAUGUAGCAUGCACUGUUAAAAGCCCUUGUGGUGUAGAGCUACCAGUAAUGAUAAUUGACAACGGUCAACGCGCCAAGCGAAUACAUUUCACCCCAAAGCAGCCUGGGAUGCAUGAGGUAAAUGUGUGCUUCGCAGGGGCCCCACUAGAAGGAUGUCCAUACAUGAUAGAAGUACUUGAAGCCAGUGAUGCAUCGAGAAUCGUUGCAAGUGGAGAUGGAUUGCAUCAAGCUCCUGUAAACGAGAUUUCAAAGGUUCAUGUUGAUUGUACACGAGCAGGGAAAGGCGAGCUAACUGCUGUUGUUGUUGGUCAAGGGACCAAUGUAUUGUCACCUGUAGCAGUGAGGUCCAUUGGAGAUAACGCAUAUGAAGUAACGUACUCAGUACCGAGCACAGGCUCCUAUGAGUUUGCCAUUAAGUACGAUGACGUACAUAUUCCUGGGAGUCCUUUUAUGGUAACUGGAUUCAACCGAGCACACCCGGAAGAAGUUGUUCUCUCCGGAGCUGGACUGAAAGAAGGAACUGCAGGCCAGCCAGUAAUGUUUACGCUAGACAGCAGGAAGGCAGGCGAAGGAAAACUUGCAUGCAACUGCAAAUCUCCGAACGGGAAAGAUACUCACGUUUUGAUAUCAGACAAUGAAGAUGGGACGUUUACUAUCGAUUUAAAUGCUAAAGAGCCUGGUGUGCAUAGUGUACAUUUAGAAUGGGAUGGCAAACCAGUGCCUGGAAGUCCAUUUAUGGUACGAAUAAUGCAAGCACCGGAUGUUGGCAAAGUGAAAGUUCAUGGACCUGGCCUGAAAAGCGGGCUUCUUAGUGAAUACGAAGGAAAAUUCACCGUCGAAACGAGAGGAGCUGGACCUGGCACACUAAAGGUUCGUAUUCAUGGACCAAAGGGGGCAUUCAAAGUCCAAAUGUACCGAGAAAGUGCCAAAGAUCGUACAAUUGGUGUCAUGUACCAUCCUACGGAACCAGGUCAGUAUACGGUCAAUGUAAUGUGGUCGGAUGAGCAUGCCGAGGGAAGUCCGUAUCAAGUUUAUGUUGCAGAAAACAAGCAACAGCUGGCUAAGAUGCUGGAUGACAACGGGGCUAGUCUGUUUGGGAGGACAGAUGGACAACAGGUCAAUGGGUACGAGGAUAAACGGGUUUAAUUGAAAUGCUUUGCGAUUAUUAUACACUAAAAUAAUUUUUGAUACUGUAAACGAUUUACAUAAUAUUUUAGAUAACUAACUACUACUUUGUUAUGCAUAUUAGCAAUGCCCUAUCUGAAACAUAUUAUGGGCUAAAUAAAGUACUCGGCUAUUUUGAUAAUGUUUUUGGUUUUGUUUUGCCUUCAUGUUUUAUUUUCCUUCUCAGUAAUAAUUUGAAGUUUGGAUGCUCGAAAUCUACACCUGUUUUAGAUGAAUCGUUAAGUGUAUCUGUUAUGUUUUGGUUUGCAUUUAGAAAUAUUUAAAGGUAGAUCCAAUUGACCACAUUGUUCUUUAGCAACUGACACCGAUUAUAAAAUUGCAAGGCAAUUUGGUGAUGUUAAAUGAUUUCAUAUCAGUGGUCCACUGCCUACUAGAAAAUGAGAAACAUAUUCUUUGGUUCCCAGCAAAAUUAUUAGUAUUUCUUUGAUGUUUCUUUUGAUUUUAUUUGUAAUAAUGCAAAAUAGAGAACACAAAGUUUUAAUAGUCAGUUUACCUCUGCGUUGAUUUAUGAUAACAUCAUGCGUUUGUAUAUUGCAGUAUUGGUUUUAUUAAUCAUUUUGAGAUGUUCAGACAUAAACAUAUACUAAUGUGUCUGAGUUUCUGAAACUAAAAGGGAAAUAAACACAUUUGAAAUAUAACUUUUAAUAACUUAUAUUCAGCUGGUAGAAAAUCAUGUAAGAACAAUUUCGUUAACUCUCGGUCACUUUCUAUGUUUAUUUAUGUUCAUUGCCUGCAUUGUUAGUGAAAUUUAUUACAUAAGCAAGGUAAAAUUUCACAUGUUUUGUUGUUUUUAAGAAUAUUGGACGUAAAUGGCUUAUGAA